AAUAUGGCGCAUGUUGAUAUGAUAAAUUGACAGCUGUGUUUUGUCUUUGUACGGAAAUUGUAAUGUUUCUUUUAUAUCUCCAGCUUAACAAGAAAAAUAUUUAACAAUGACGAGGCCAUUUGGUAAUAACGAUAAGCGUUUUUCAAUCGACGAUGCGUUCGAGGAAGAGACUGAUGAAGCCAUAAAAGUGUACGGUGCAACUGGUGAUAGAUCGCCUUUACAGAAUAAAUUUAAGAAUGGGACGGAGUAUUUGUCCAGCAAAACAUACAAAUGCACGGAAGACACAGCGUCGCGGGAUUCGGACUCGCUUAUACACGAGUAUGUAGAAGCUACACAGUCCAUGUAUUGCUGGAACCACCCUAAGGUCCGGGAGAAUUGGAAAACAGUAUGUGCUGCUGUCGUGCUCCUCUUAGUGGGAGUAGGGCUUCUGGGCAUGGGUGCCUUUGCUGUAGCUGAACCAGAAAACGGUCUUCAAGGUGCAGUAUUCUUCGUAGCUGGUAUGAUAUGUUUUGUCCCUGGUGCAUAUCACGUUGUGUACAUUUGGCUAGCUGCCCGUGGGCAGAGAGGGUAUGAUUUCUACCACUUACCUUUGUUCACUUGAUUUAUCUAAUUAAGUAAAGCUUACAUUAAGUUUCUUAAGCUGUGGAGAUGUAAAUGAGAG